CCAUGGCAUGGAGAGCGGCAUGCAUGAGUGCACCUUUACAUCUCUGACAGGCCACUGAAGCACGUCCACCACGGAAGCUGGACACAUACAGAAAACUUCACAACCUGCUGCUGCUGCUGCUCCGUUUAUGGAUUUCCAUCACUGCUCCCGGAACUGCUCCUGAGACUGAACCACUGGAGUCCGAGCCCUGGGGGAAAGGGGAAAGGUGCACUACAGUCACUUUAUCAGAAGAUACAAGACUCUUUCUUUUUUUAAAGCAAACUUCUUGGAUUUUUUAAAAGAAGAAUUUACAAAGUUGAUGGAAAAAUAAAAGAAAACAAGACAUAAACUUUUUUGCUUUGCCAAAAGCAAAUACCUGCAUCUAUGUGGAUGUGUUCUUCAAAACCACCAGAAAGACAGUAGAAUUUGCCGUGGAAAAGGUUGCACUUGGGGACUUCUCUCAUUCUUGCCAUCUUUUUUAUCAGCUGUUGCAUUUUUUCCCUUUUUUCAGGCUUCUUCUCAUUUUAUCAUUAUUGUUCCUCAAGGCUGGACAAGUAGGUUGCUUGCAGUGAAGCAGAUAGCGGCUAUGGAUUUAGAAGCUAAUUGAAGAUGAAGGUUUAACACGUGAGUUUACACACAUUUUCUUUCCAUAUGCUGAUAUACAAACACACACACACACACACAUGCACACAAUCAGAUCAAACAUUCAGUGUUUUAGGGGUGGGCGAUAUGACACUACAAUAAUAUCACAAUAUAUUAAGAUUUUUUUUUAGAAAACUAUUUUCAUUGUAAAAUAAAACAACACUGAUAUAUAUUUGAUUUUAUAUUGUUAUUGCAAUAAAAAACAUAUAGAAUUUUAAUAUACUAUAACAGAUUCAAAUGUUCAAUAGAACAAAAAAAGGUCUGUAAACAUUUGUCUCUUUCUCUCUUUUGUAUAAAUUAACAUUGUUCCAAACACUACACUAAACUGUGGUGUUAAGACCUGUGUAUACUCCAAGAAUACAACCUGACACACAUUCACAAAUCCAGUCUCACUCUCGCUCACACGUACACACUCAUACACACUUCUGGCAGGGAAUUUCCAUGCUCAGCUCUGCUCAGUUCCCCACCUGCACUCACACCUUUUCCCAGUCAGAAAUCGCAACUGCAAUCCUCCAGAUGCCUCGCACUGCCGUCACGAGGCAGUAAAGCUGCCAACAGCAUCACUCCUUGUUUUGGGACACUUCUCUCACCUUCUUCUUCCUCUCGUCCUUUUCUCCUUCUCGUCUCCCUACCAUCACCAGACGCGACUUGACCCUAUAUGCCAAGGAUGUAGGCAUUCCAGUGGCAUCACCCCUCAGCUACUCCACGUCCACUGAGACUCAGAGAAACUGCGAAGAAGAAGAAGAAGAAGAAGAAGAAGGAGAGUGCUGUGAGUGAAGAAGUGAGUGAGGGAGAGGGAGUACGAGAGAGAGAGUGAGAGAGAGGCCAAAAGAGGAGAAGACGAAGGAGGGGAGACGGAGAAGGGGGACAGCGGAGACACGCAGUCAAAGAAUGAACUGCUCGAGGUCAGGCUCGGAUGCAUCCAACCGGCACAGACUGUAGGUGGCUGAAAUGGCCAUGCCCCGGGGGCGUAUGAGUCCCUCUCUCCAGCUCCUCCUGUUCCUCCUCCUGUUGCUCAGUGCCACGCCGCACUGCCAUGGCCGCCCGCUCUUCAGUCCACCUACAGUUAAUGUGGCCGUGGUGUUCAGUGGCUCCUCCCACCAGGGUGAGAUAAAGGGUCGUCUGAGCCGGGAGAACUUCCUUGACCUUCCCCUGGAUGUGAACCCAGUCACAGUACUAGUGAACGAUACCAACCCUAGUGUCCUGCUGUUGCGCCUUUGUCAGACUAUGGCUGCUGAGAACCUCCAUGGUGUGGUCUUCGAGGAUGACGUGGAUUCAGAGGCCGUGGCUCAAAUCCUAGACUUCAUCUCCUCGCAGACGUCCAUUCCUAUAGUGGGCAUCAAUGGAGGAUCUGCUCUGGUCAUUCCUCACAAGGCUGAUGGUUCAAACUUCCUCCAGAUGGGAGCUUCCAUCGAGCAGCAGAUCAAUGUCAUGUUUAAAGUUUUGGAGGAAUACAACUGGAGCAGCUUUGUGGUGAUCACCAGCCUGCAUCCUGGCUACGAGGACUUUGUGGACUACAUCCGCUCGUUCACAGACACCAGCUACUUCCUGUGGGAGCUGCAGGACGUACUAAGCUUUGAGAUGUCAGUGGGAGCCAAUGACAUCCGAUCACGCAGACUGCUGCAGCAGGUGGAUGCUCAGGUGUUUCUUGUGUACUGCUCACACGACGAGGCUGAGUAUCUGUUCAGGAUGGCGUCUGAUGUCGGGCUCUUGGGGCCCGGCUAUGUUUGGGUUAUCCCCAGCCUGGCAGUCGGGAACCCCGAGGCCAUUCCUCCUGACAGCUUCCCUAUUGGAGUCAUCAGCAUUAUCUCCGACCACUGGAGAAAAACUCUGCGUCAGAGGGUCCGGGAAGGUGUGGCGGUGGUAGUGAAAGGAGUGUACAGUUUUCAUAAGCACAAAGGAUUUGUUCCUGAGGGGCACAAUACCUGCAACAGUUCAUCAAAGACGUAUGCCAAUGAUUCACUAUUUAGGCAUAUGCUGAAUGUAACAUGGGAUCACAGAGACCUCUCUUUCAAUGAUGACGGCUAUCUCACAAAUCCCUCCAUGGUGAUCAUCGCUUUGGAUCGAGAGAGAAACUGGGACAAGGUGGGCAACUUCGAGAGUGGGAUUCUACACAUGCGCUAUCCGGUGUGGCCUCGUUACAGCAGUUUUCUGGAGCUUGUGUCUGAUAACCGACAUCUGACAGUAGCCACGCUGGAGGAGCGUCCGUUUGUCAUUGUGGAGAGCGUGGACCCUGCCACUGGCACGUGUGUGAGAAACACAGUGCCCUGCCGGCGGCAAGCCAACAAGACCGAGGCUGUGUUCGGGCACUCGGAGCCUUACACCAAACUGUGCUGCAAAGGCUUCUGCAUUGAUAUCUUGAAGAAACUCUCACGCACAAUCAAGUUCUCCUACGACCUCUACCUGGUCACCAACGGAAAACACGGAAAACUGGUCCGUGGCACCUGGAACGGGAUGAUUGGAGAGGUCUUCUACAAGCGUGCCGAUAUGGCCAUUGGCUCUCUCACUAUAAAUGAGGAACGUUCAGAGAUCAUUGACUUUUCAGUGCCAUUCGUUGAGACUGGGAUUAGUGUCAUGGUGGCCAGGAGCAAUGGCACCGUCUCACCAUCUGCCUUUUUAGAACCUUACAGUCCAGCAGUCUGGGUCAUGAUGUUUGUGAUGUGCCUGACUGUUGUGGCUGUCACAGUUUUUGUCUUUGAAUACUUCAGCCCUGUCGGGUACAACCGCAGCCUUGUCAGUGCCAAAGCCCCUGGGGGCCCUACAUUCACGAUAGGGAAGUCGGUGUGGCUCCUGUGGGGGAUUGUCUUCAAUAACUCUGUCCCUAUAGAAAACCCUAAAGGCACCACCAGCAAGAUCAUGGUCUUGGUGUGGGCCUUCUUUGCUGUCAUCUUCCUAGCCAGCUACACUGCCAAUUUAGCUGCUUUCAUGAUCCAGGAGCAGUAUAUCGACACUGUUUCUGGACUCAGUGACAAAAAGUUCCAGAAGCCCCAGGAGCAUUACCCACCUUUUCGUUUCGGCACAGUCCCAAACGGCAGCACUGAGAGAAACAUUCGCAGCAAUUACCCUGACAUGCACACCCACAUGAUGAAAUACAACCAGAAAGGAGUAGAGGAGGCACUCAACAGCCUCAAAACGGGGAAACUGGAUGCCUUCAUAUAUGAUGCUGCCGUGCUUAAUUACAUGGCUGGCAAGGACGAGGGCUGCAAGCUGGUGACCAUUGGCAGUGGGAAAGUGUUUGCUACUACAGGCUACGGCAUUGCUCUGCAGAAGGACUCCCGCUGGAAGCGCCCCAUAGACCUGGCCCUCCUCCAGUUCCUGGGAGACGGAGACACGCAGAGACUGGAGACCGUGUGGCUGUCUGGUAUAUGCCAGAAUGAGAAGAAUGAGGUGAUGAGUUCCAAGUUGGACAUAGACAACAUGGCGGGCGUUUUCUACAUGCUGCUGGUGGCUAUGGGCCUCAGUCUGCUUGUCUUUGCCUGGGAACAUCUGCUUUACUGGAAACUCAGGCAUUCUGUGCACAAAUCUGAGCGCUUGGACUUCCUUCUGGCUAUAAGCAGGGGCAUAUACAGUUGCUUUAAUGGCGUUGAGGAUGUAGGAAGAUCUGGCAACAUGCAAAACCCUGAUAUCACCACAAACUAUGCCCAGGCCAACAUGCUGAAAAUGCUUCAGACCGCCAAAGACAUUGUUUCCUCAGCAAAAGUUGAGAACUCUCUGGACAAUGCCACCAAAACCAUUGAGAACUGGAGUCGGCAAGGGGGGAGUCUGCCAGCACGCAUACCAGCGGUGACCACCACUGAGUCAGUGCCCGGUCACUUCUCCUACAUCCCUAACAUCACAGAGAACCACUCAUCCCAUGUGCAGCGUUCAUUAACACCCCCCUUCACACAGCAUUACGACGAAACUCUCAGACCACCACAUGUACCCAAUAACAGACUGCUAACACGGCCCACUCCACUACGCUACACUUUACCUUCGCGGAUUGGUGGCCUGUAUAAUGGGAUGCUUCCUGUGUCUAGUAUCAGUACUCCUCAUUUAGCCAUGCAUGACCCUCAUCCUCAAAAAUCACAAUCCCCAUUUGUACCAUACAGAGAUCUACAGGUGCCAGACAUCUAUGCUGAGCAUCACGAUCCCUGCCACACCACUGAUGGCCUCAGGCGGAAAAGGAGGUCCCGCAGUGCCCUGGUGGAGUCCAUGGAUCUCAGAGGGUUACAUGAUUACAAAGACCAAACGAUUUGUCUUGCAGAACUCAGAGCAAACCAAUUUGCACAUGACCAUGUUCCCUCCUCGUCUAUGGAAAGCGCUUACAGACCAGAAGAUCUUACCUGCAAUUCCUGCAUCAAGACCUAUGUGGAUCCAGUGCUGGAUGACGUGCCUCUAAUAGGAAAGAGAAAACUCCAUCGCAGACCCUCCUUCCUCAAGGCCACCUGGGGUCCUGACAGGGUUCAUUUUCCAGGUGACCGAACCCCUGCCCCCGUAUCAUCCCGCCCUGACAUACCAGACCUGUUCCCUUGUGUGGAUGUGUGUGGAAGAGUGAGGAACAACCUGUGUUACCCCUCUCCUGUCGACCACAGUUACCUUCACCCGUUCCGACGUCAUCCCAGAAAGGGUCAGAAGCUGAGACAUACCCAGUCCACCCGACUGCCCUCCUACAGGGAGGCAGUUCUUCACAAUGCUGCAGCUGUAAGGAGGGCCACCAGCCUAGUGCACAGACAGUACUCCUACCCAGACCUGCCAGUUUACCAGAGCACACUGCCAUAUGGACCAGCUGAACUGUGUAACAUCUUCCCCUGCAUGGCAACCACCAGUGACAGUGUGUACGGGGCAUACAGAGCUCCUGGACAGCUACAGAACGACCAUGUGCCACCUGUUUCUGCCAGCAGGGUGGUUCACAGGGUCAGCAGCCCAGGUGUACCUUUGACAUGGGGCAGGAUCUCCAGUCUGGAGUCUGAGGUUUAAGCCCUCACUUCCUUGUGCCAUUUCCACACAGCUGUUCGCAGUGCCAAGCUCUGUCACUGAACUCCUGACAACCAGUUUAAAGACUCUGCCUUUGAUUCUUGCAAAAAAACAAAACCACACAAACCUAGAAACUCACUUUUCGCUUUCUUUUAUUCAUAUAAGUGCAAUAAUGCCAAGAGUGUAGAUGAGAUGAAAUGAGAUGGAUUACAGAGGAUAUAUCUGUGAAAUAAUGGACCAUUAUUAUAGCAGAUGAGUUUACAGAGAUACUGUGUGAAGUAAAGGUAUAUUUCACUGUCAAAUUCACAAAGACUGAUGGAGUGGUUCAGAGAGGAGUAGUUUGAUGUGUGUUGGGUGGGUGUUUAAGGUAGAUACAAUAUAUUUAAAAAAAGUGUUGUUCCUGUUGCUUUGGGGUAAAUUUGGUAUUGAUACAUGUAAUCCUCUAUAAUACUGAAUUUUGUAAACACAAAGACAAUUUGUCUUUUUUUAAGUGCAGGAAUUGUUGGCUUGUUGGGGUUUUCAGGUGUUUUCUCUCUCUCUCUUUCUUUCUUUUUCUAUAUCUCCUUCUCUCUCAAGAUAGCUCUCUCUGUCUCUCCCCCUCUCUCUCUCUGUGUAAGUGGGAUUUCGAAUAAGAGCCAAUUGAAUGGUAUUCUAUUAUUAGUAUUACCAAGUACCUCCAACACUUUAAUAAAUCACAAAGGCCUGUCAAUGGGUCCCAUGGAAUUGGUGUCUUUUUUCAAAGGGGUAACUAUAAGAGCAGUCUCAGUGCCGCUUUCUAUAUUCAGCCCCACAGUAUAUUUUAGAUAUUGUGAUUAAGUAAGGCUGCCUGUUAAUUUAAACGAUUGU